UUUCGAAAACAUUCAUUUCUUAAGGUAAAAAUAUCUCUUGAAAAAUUUUGACAAGAAAUAUUAUUAAAAAAAUUUUUAAUGUAUAAAAGAUAGAAAUAUGUGAAAAUAAUGGCGUUUCUUUGUCCAGUUCGAAUCCGUCGUGGAAAAAAGAAGAAACCUUCUAGCAGUAAUGAUCUGGACAAAGAAGUUACCCCUGCAAUGGGACGAAUUACAGGAUCUGCAAGUAUUGAAACACUUGUACGUGUUGGUAUCGAAAAAGAGCAUGGACUGGCACCUGAUUCGAAAAUGGUUGUGUUACAUGAUUUUACCCCAUGUGUUGAUGACGAAUUAGAAGUGAAAAGAGGACAAAUAGUUAAUAUAUUAUAUCGAGAAAAUGAUUGGGUAUACGUAAUUGAUGCCGAAUCCAGACAAGAAGGUUUCAUUCCUCAUUCAUAUUGUGCACCUUAUGCAAGUCGAGCUGGCCAGUUGUUAGUUCAAGUAAAAAAGAAAUUACCUCGUGAUGCUAAUAAUAUGCUAUUAGAACAGUCUCCAGAUGGUUGUGCGGAUGAUAUUUUACCGUGUCUGGACACAAGCGAUACAGAAUCCCUUUGUAAAAAAUCACAAACAAAUUUAGGAGCCACAUCGAGUAGUGUUUUAAAUACUGUGAUCAACAAUGGAGCGUCUACACAGGGUAAUGGUUCCCAAGCUAGUUUACAAAGUGAACCUGACAUGUAUCCAUUUAGUAAAGAUCCUUCAGGUCGUUAUAUAGUUUUGUAUACAUUUAUUGCACGUGAUGAGAAUGACGUAUCGGUUGAACGUGGAGAAUUCGUAACAGUUUUAAAUCGUGAAGAUCCUGAUUGGUUUUGGAUUGUACGAAGUGAUGGUCAAGAAGGAUUUAUACCUUCUGGAUUUGUAUAUCCCGCUGAUAAUGUCAUUCAAGGUCAUUUAAAUACAACAGGAUCAAAUCCAGUACAAAAUAACGUAGCUUUUUCAACAAACAAUCCAAAUCAGGGUAGCGGUAAUUUAUCGUCAGCACAAGGAAAUAAUUUGGGUCAAACGUCAAAUAGUCAUCACCAAGACAAUGAUUUAAGAUAUCAUGGUACUGAGCUAGUAAUGCUUUACGAUUAUAAAGCACAAGCACCGGACGAUCUAAGUGUGCGGCGUGGUGAUUGGAUUUACGCUGAUUUAGGGAAUCAGACUGUUGAUGGAUGGUUGUGGGCCUACGCACCAAAAACAAGAAAAUAUGGAUUUAUUCCCAAAGCAUAUGCAAGACCGCCUGCGAUGACUAGUUUAUAGCAUCAGCUAUUUUCUUCUCAUAUACUAAUCCAAUAGACAGAGAAAUUUUUUUUUAAUAAUCAUAAUGAAUUUAUCUGUCAGUCUCUUUCGUCUAAAUCGAAGUUUCCGUACGACUGAAGGAUUGCCUCACCCGUCAUUUUAAAAUACAUGUAUAUUCCAAGUAAACAAUGCUCCACCGGGUACAUAAUAGAGUUUCUAAAUAAAUCGAUUUGUCUAAAAUUAUCCUGAAUAAAUUUAAAACGGAUUUUGCGAUUUUCUUAAAAUUGCGUUUGCUAAUUGUUUGAUAAAAGCAUAAACAAAAAUUAUUAAAACUACGAUUACUAUUUUUAGUCUCUGAAAGGUAUGUACACAUAAACAGCUGUAAAUAAACCAGUUUAGCUGAACUUACCUUAGUUCAAAGUUGCUUCGUUUUCUCCGAAAAUAUUUAAAUUAAAUUUAAAACCGGUUAUCAAAUUUUCUGAAAUUUGUUCUGUUGACAUUGUUUUAACAAUUACACCAAUCCCCCACAUUUCUAAGUCACCAAAAACAAAGGAUCAGUAGUAUACAAUUUAGAUUAAUUAAUGUCAUGAAAAAUUGUAGCGAUGAUAAAUUAUAUGGCCUUUCCAUUAAUUUAUCGAUAUCUAUGAUUCUCAGCAUCUUUUUUUCAAUAAAAUAUUUUGUUUUUGAUAUACUUUAUUAAACCAUUUUUCUCAGAAUUCUGAAGCAAUAGCGGAUUUUCAGAUCAUGAUAGAAAUCGAUCUUAAUAGAAACAAGAUCCACAGAGAAGGAGUGAGAGCACUUUUGUUUAAAAUGUUUAUGAAUAAUAUACAAAUCUUUAACAUAAUAUUGUUGACAAUCCCACCCAUUUACUACUUAUUGAAUAAAAUAAAAAUCCUUCAAAAAGUGUAAAAAUAUGGUUUUAUUUAGGAAGAACUAUUUCCUUAUAAAAAAAUU